AUGCUGAGCAGUGAGCUGAGGAGCCGGCAGCGGAAGCUUGAGCGCGAGGCCAAGGAGCGGCUGCAGAAUGAGCGCAGGAAGCGGGAGAAGGAACGCCGGGUGGCAGAGGAGGUGAAGAGGAGACAGGCGGAAUGGGAGGAGGUGCAGAGGGAGCGGCGGGAGGCGCAGCGCCUGGCACAGGAGCACGAGGAGGCAAGGAUGGAGUCUGACAGGGAACAGAAUCGUGGGGUCUUUUUGGAAGCAACCUUGACAGCCACCCCUGUGCCAGACAGCGCGGCGCUUGCCAAGGGGAUAAAGAGGUGGAGGGACAAGGUAUUGCUACCCCCCUCGUUUGGCGCAGAGCUCAUGAACCAGGAGGCGUCCAAGAAUGGUGGCCUCCUAUUCGAGAUCACCGCACCUUCUGGUGGACACACCUGUGCAGGGUUGCUAGAGUUCUCAGCACCAGAAGGCACUGUGGGUCUUCCAAAAAAGGUCAUUCAGUCACUCUGGGGGCCGGAGGGGCAGUGCGUGGGUCAGGUCAGGGUGUCCUACAAGCUGUUACCACCUGGCACAUAUGCACGGCUGCAGCCUGUCAGGCACGGAUUCCAUGAGGCCCUUGGGGAAUAUAUGCGGGACAUCCUGGAAUCUGCGCUGAUGGAGCACUCCACACUGACAGAGGGGGAUUGGAUAGAGGUGGACCACCAUGGGGUGACCCACGAUCUCAAGGUCCUGGAGCUCAAGCCGUCUCCGUCGGUCAGCGUCGUGGACACAGACCUUGAGGCGGACGUGGGGCCCUCGGAGGAGGUGGAGGCGGCAUUGAAGGCAGAGGAGGAGGCUGCCAGGAGGGCAGAAGAGGAGAGGCGGCAGUUUGAGGAGGCGUGGAUGCAGCAUGAACGAGAGAGGGAGGCCAGGGAGCAGCAGGAGGCAGAGCUGCAGGCCAAAUUAGCAGAGGAGCGGCGGAACUUUGCUGCUGCCAAGGCUGCCUCCCUGCCCCCAGAAAUUGACGCCGACUGUCCUGUGCCUUGGAUGUUGGCCGUGGUGAGAGGCCCUGAUGGCUCACGGUGGCAGCGUCGGUUCAAACUGGGAGACCCGGUCAGCCUGCUAUUCGACUUCGUUGACUCAAAGGGCGCUGGGGGUUGCGGCAUGGGGCAGUAUCGACUGGUCACCCAGUUCCCUCGGCGAGUCCUGCUUCCAGAUUCCUCUGCGACACUCCAGGAAUCGGGCCUCGUGCAGCGCCAGGAGGCGUUCCUCGUUGAGCCAACACACAAUUGA